AUGGCUUCGUCCAACAAUUCAAAUAACCCGCCGAAAUCACCGCGAAAAUUCGCGAAGCGCAGCUCCGAGGCCGACGGCGAGAUUGAGGACAUUUUAAAGUUGCUAUGCUCGGAUUUGAAAAAUUCGGAUCAAAGAGUCCCCAGCCAGUUUCAUUUCGCCAAAACCGCCGCGGCCGUGCAGGUCAGCCAAGCUGAAGGCAAUUCUUCAUUU